UUAUUUUUGUGAGGUGUGUGUAUUAGAAACUGUUUUUUUUUAUUAUAUUAAUAUAUAAUAAAACAUCUAUUAUCUUGACUAAUUAUAGUUUCGCGCCUAAUUAUCUCUAUCAAUAAUAAAAGGUAACAAGAAUAUGAGAUGGAAAGUUAGGAAAUGGAAUCUCAAUUAAUUUAAAAUUGUAUCUAAAUUAUAUAUUCAUAAUGGAAAUCUCAUUAAAUUUAUUAAACGAAACUGGAAUAGUAUGUGAAGAUCGAUUAAUAUUAACUGAAAAGAAUUCGUAUACCAUUGGACGUAAAUCGGACAAUGUAUUUAAAAUAAAGUGUAAAACUAUCGCUAAACAUCACUGUAUUAUUCAUCACAAUGAAAAUGGAUUGUCCAUUGAAACUUUAACAUUGAAAAAACCUUUAUUUGUUAAUGACAAACAACUGCACGUGGGUGAAAUCGAAUAUUUAAAUAAUGGCGACAUAGUGAAAAUUGGCAAAGAUAAUAAAUUCAUACUUUUGUUUAAGGAAAUUGGGCCAUUAGAAUCUGAAAUCGUUACGAAUUAUGAAGAACUACAAGAUGACAUUUGUAUUAAAUCGGAACCAAUUACAUUUGAAAAUCGAAUGGAAAACUGUGAAGAAGCGUCGAAAAUUUUAAAUUCCACAAAUAGUGGGACUAAUCAAAUAACGAACAUGACGCCAGUAAAUUCCGAACAUUAUCCAAGUUUCCAACAAACACAAGUUCCUUUCGCUUCUGAAAAUUCUGCUCUCACUGAUCCGUUGCAAAUUUCAAUAGACGAACACAAAAUUAUACCAACACCUCCUUCAUUUAGAGCUGUAACGAAUUCCUCCGCACUAAUGGUAUCAUCAUUUCUACCAAUGCCAGACGGCAAUUUUGAUCCACAGGAACAUUUGAUUCCCAAUUCAUCUCUCAAUCAAAAUUCGAUGGGAAUAAAGGUCGAAAAUCCCGAUAUUCCCCCGACGAAUGUAACACUUUUUGCCAAAGAUCCCGUAGUUGUAAAUCAACCCCGAAAUGUCGAUGAUCAAUACAGAGAUUUGACAAAUGCUUUAGAACAAAGAAUAGUAAAUAUUCUCGAUUCUCUACUUGAAUCGAAUCGAAUUCAACCCGAAAGGAUAAAGGUGGAAAAUCCCGAUAUUCCAGCAACGAAUUUAACCCUUUUUGCGACGAAUAAUCAAUCUCAAUCAGGGAUAGUACCGGAGGGGAUAAAAGUCGAAAAUCCGGAUAUUCCCAGAACGAACGUAACCCUUUUUGCAAAAGAAACACCUGGAAACGAAAAUCAAAUCUUGGGGGAAGAAAUAAUAAAAGUCGAGAAUCCGGACAUUCCACCUACGAAUUUGACCCUUUUUGCUAGAAAUCCAUCAGAGGGAUUAGAAUCUGGGGGGAUUUUGGCAGAAAGAAUAAAGGAAGAGCCACCUGAAUUUCAAAGUCCUUUGAUUACCAACGUCACCUCCGUUCAUCCUUCCUUUGAAUCGGAUUCAGAUCAAGUUCCCGAAAUACCGAAUGAGACCCAUUUGCCAAAAGAUCCGAAUCAAAAUCUCCUCACUGAGAAUUUGAAUCUCAGUGCCCCAUCGAGAUGUGAAAUCCCAUUUUUCGAAGAUCAAAUGGACAUUGAAAUCGAGGAACAUAAACCAUUUGUGGAAAAUUACCCACUUAAUUCGACACCUAAUCUUCGUAUUCGAAACGAUCUUCUUUAUGGACCUCAACCAAUUGAGGCUGAAAGUGUAAAUUAUUCACCUCCGGAAAUUAGGGUGAAGGAGGAAAUCAUUGAAACGUCAUUUAACAUCGAGACUGAUGAUAGAACCGAAGAUAAUUUACGAACUAGUUCCACUUUGACUGAGAUCUCUUUCAAUGCGGUAGUGAAGGAAGAACCGGUUGAUCCUCUAAGCGUACCCCCUUCGAAUACCGAUAUCCAUCACCCAACCGAAGUUAGCAGAAAGAGACGACGAGACUUAGACGAAGCUUUAGAUGAUUUUCGAAUAAAACGCGAAACUAUCGAACAAUGUCAAGAGACUGAAGAACGACCGAUAAAACGUGAAAGAUCCGAUUCGAACUGUUUUUCAGAGAAUGUUAAACAAGAACCCAAUAAUUAUUCCGUCGAUACAAUUUGUCCCGAAUUUUCCGAAAGGGAACCAAGAGCGGUGAAUUUAAAUACAUCACAAGAAUCGGACGAUUCAGAGUGCAGUGAUUGUUCGACCGAUAAUUAUGAAGAUUCGACAUCGUUUUCUAGAAAUAAAUCAACGGAUUCACUCGAAAUGGCUCUGAGGGAAAUUACCGAUGGUGUUCAAGUACCUGAAAUGUAUUCCUUAUCGAGUGAAAGUCGGGAUACAUUGAAAGGAAGAGAUAAAUCGAAAAGAGAAAGUAAAUCUAGAAGGGAAGAAGGUAAAUCGAAGAGUUCAUCGAAGAAUUCAUCAAAGAGUUUAUCAAAGAGUUCCUCAAAGAGUUCAUCGAAGAGUUCCUCUAAGAGUUCAUCGAAGAGUUUAUCAAAAAGUUCAUCAAAUAGUUUAUCAAAGGGUUCAUCACCGAGUUCAUCACAGUGUUCAUCACAGAGUUCAUUGAAUAGGGAAAGAAGUACUAACGAAGGACGAAAGGAAAAUAGUGAGAAAUCUAGAAAAAGGAGAGAUGGAAUUAAUAAAGAGAUUAAAGAUAAAGGAGGUAGAUCCAUGAGUGAUUCGAAAGAUAGGAAGAGAAGUAAGGAAUCGAAGGAGGAAAGGUCGAGGGAUACAAACAGAUCUACUGAAGCAAUGAAUGUUUCACUAAACGAUUCACUUGAGUCUAGAGAUUUUGGUGAUCGCGUAUCGCGAGUCGAAUCACCCGAAUCUAGAGAAAAUUAUCCCAAUAUAAUCGACACAAGAGUUCGUCAUCGUCGAGUAUCGAGAGUUCCACCUAGUGUCGAAUUCCCCGAAACUAGAGAAAAUUGGAAUGACAACACUGAACCAAGAGUUCGCGAUCAUCGCGUAUCGAGAGUUCCAACUGUCGAAUCCCCCGAAUCUAGAGAAAAUUGGGGUGACAACACCGAACCAAGAGUUCGACAUCAUCGCGUAUCGAGAGUUCCAACUGUCGAAUCCCCCGAAUCUAGAGAAAAUUGGGGUGACAACACCGAACCAAGAGUUCGCAAUCAUCGCGUAUCGAGAGUUCCACCAACUGUUGAAUUCCCCGAAUCUAGAGAAAAUUGGGAUAGUGAUUCAAGAAGCAAUCCAGUAUCGGGGGAUAAACGACGAAAUUCCGCCGGAAGAAAUUCGAUCGACAACGAAUUUCCCGAACCCAGUGAUUCGAAUUUAAAAACCAAUCCCGUAGUUCGUAAUUACACGGGAGCGAGAGUUUUGGUCGAUGACGAACUUCCCGCGACUAGAGAGAGAACUAGAAUCAUAAAACCUAUCGAGAAGAAAAAAAUAGGUCUUGAAGAGUACAGAAACAAGAAGAAGGAUCUAGAAGCAAGGGGGCCGAUAAAGACGAAUAGUUCGGGUACAGUUCCUCUCACCACUUUCGGACAAUACAAAAAUGGAGCAAAAAUACCCAGAGGGGGGAAUUUUAGAAACGACAAUCCGCGAAUCGAGACAGUGCCCGGGAGAGCGACUCCAAUUUUCAAUGAACUUAGAACACAGCCCCAGGGACUACGUCCACAACAAGUCACCGGUUCGAAUGCAGAUCCUCGAUUAUCGAGACAGUAUGAUAAUAAUCCGGCGAACAUUCAGCCUUUAAUUCCACCCUUGAUAUCGGGAACUGCUUCUACGUUAAUUCCUGGAACUGCUCCUACACUAAUUCCAGGUACUGCUCCCACAUUAAUUCCUGGUGCUACUUCUACAUUAUUUCCCGGUUCUCAUCCUUCCAUGAUACCAGAUGCUUCUUCCUUGAUUCAGGGUCCGAUUCCACCUCCAAUGUCUGGAACGAUUCCGCCAGGAAUUCCAGGAGUAGUUCCAGGAAUAGGAGUUCCACCUGGAACUCAACUUCCAAAUGGCGUUCCGCUACCGUAUCAAUUCCCCGGUGCAAUGAAUAAUUUCAUCUACAUGCCCGCCGGCUACUAUCCGAAUAUGUUUCACUUCCCCUACACUGGGGGACAAGCUCUGGAUCCUAGAAUGAAUUCCUCGUUUUCAAUGUCCUUCCCAAUGAAUAUGCCAGGAGUUGUUGAGAAUAGUACUCCGAAUGUGGAAACCCUGCCUCCUAAAGAUCCGAGGAGUAGUCUUGUUAGCGAAUCCCAGAGUCCAUCGACGAGUAGUGUCGAAGUUCCCAGGGAUAAUCGUAGAUUUAAUGAAACUGUUGGCGAUGAGAGGAAAAAUUUAAAAACGGGAACGAAACAUUCGGAGAUGAUUAAAGAGCAUCUUCGCAAGAAUCGUGAGGAGAAUUUGAAGGAGAAGAAACGUGAUGGAUAUGAGAAGGAUGUUAGAAUUAGAGAUAGAGAGCAGAAGCAUAAGAGGAAUAAGGAAAGGGAAAAAGAAGAAAUAGUUGAGGAGAUUGUUCCUGUAAAACCAAAGGAAAUUAAAAUUGAAAAAGUUGUUCCAAAACAAUUUGUAUCUGAGGAUUUGGGGGAUGAAGUGUUGAUGAAAAUUUUCUCUUGGAGUCCAGUAACUUUUGAGAGACAUCAAAGAGUUCCAGAACUAUGCGUUGUUAGCGAAUUAUCAUACAAUUAUUCCGACUAUGAAGACUACAAGAGUAAAAUGUAUAAAAUGGUUCUUUAUGUUCUUCAUUUGCAAGUGCAAGAAUCAUUUGAUGUUCUGAGUGUGGAAGUUGGAACUUUUCCCAAAUGCCGUAUGCUUGAGGAUAUUGGUCAAAAAAUUCAGAUCCAAGACACAAACAAUUUCCUAGUGCCUUUAUAUGUAAAAAUUUAUGUACCAAUUUCACCUGAUGUUAUUCCCCCGGCUGUUGGUGAUUUACUAUUAAUAGAAAUACUCAACGAGGAUUCGAGGACGAAAAAAAUUUUUGGAUAUAUGGAGAAAAUAUUUGUCGAAGAAAUAGAUUUCAAUUUAUGUUACAAAUUUGUGACAUAUUUAGUGUCAGUUAAGGAGCAAAACUUUGACAUUCACAAGUGCACAAUAUCGGAGGUGAAAAUUGUUACGAACAUAAGAUCAUUUUUGGAGAAAGCAAGAGCAAUUUCACAUUUGCAAUCGACGCCUCUACUUCCUUUUAUAAUAAAUCCAAGUAUGUCAUUUAGAAAACGAAUACCAUUGGUGCAAAAUUAUUUGAAAAAAGAUGAAUUAGUUUAUCAGAAUACACUCGAUAGUCAACAAUUGAUCGCAGUAGGGAAAGUAAUGAGAUCUUAUACGACAAGAAAACCGGAAAUUUGCAUUGUUGAAGGAACUGCCGGCACUGGAAAAACAGAUGUUCUUGUUAAUAUUAUUUUUCAACUUUUCUUCUCGCUAACCACCGACGAAGAGAGGGCAAAUUUUCGAAUUUUAGUCUGUACAUCGUCUGACGCUGAAAUUGACGCGAUUCUCAAUCGUGUUAGUAAAGGAAUUGAGGAAUUGCAAAUAGAGAAGGAUGUGAUAAAAAUGGUUGUGAUUGGUACUGACGAAGAUAGACGGGAUCGAACGAAAGAAUUGAGUCUCAGUCGAUUUGCGAAAAAUCAUGUCGACUCGGACGUUCAUCGUUAUCAGGAAUCAAUGGGUCAUAAGCCAAUACAGGAGCAGGCUCUCUUUAUUGAGGAACAAGUGAAAAAUUUAAGGGCAAGAUUCGAGGAGAAAAGAUGUGUGAAUGUCUAUUUGCAAAUGAGUCUUCUCAAUAAGUACUAUCACAUUGGAAAAAAUGGUAGAAUGGUGAAAAAUAUGACUCCCAUUGAAAAAAAAGAACUUAUCGAAGACGCUGAAAUUACAUUUUUAGCUGGAGCUAAUUUAAUUUUUUCAAGUAUUCAAAAUCUGUCUGGCACAGUGAUGGAAAAUUUUCAGAGAAAUUAUACAAUUCCAGUUUGUAUCGUUGACGAAGCGACACAAAUUCAAGAAUUAGAUACAUUAAAAGCUGUGGCAUUUAAAGCAAAUACGUUAGUUUUAAUGGGAGAUUUGAUGAAAGUUCCAAUAAUGGAUGCUAGUUUGCAAAGAAGAAAAUUGGGAUGGGAGAAUUCCCUAUUUCAGCGGAUAGUGAAAAGUUGCGCUCAAUAUCCAGCAAUAACUUUACACACGCAAUAUAGAAUAACAACAGAAAUUGAAACAUGGUUAAGGCAAGCUAGACUUUUUAAUAUGAAUACAUUAGUAAAUGCAACACAGGAAAAAGUACUAUUUCCAUUGCAUCCAUUAUCGAUAUUUAAUUUAAUGCACACCGAAGAUUUAGCAUCUGACGAAGUGACAUUCGCUUCCACUUUGAUCCAGUGCAUUGCAUUUCAUUCUGAUUUGCGAAGAUUGAACAGAAAAGUUUCUAUUGGAAUUAUUAUUUGUGACGCUACUGCCAAAGAACGUGUUGAAACAGAAAUGGAUAUUUGUUUAGAGAAACUUGUUUCCGGCAAAAGACAACUUCUGCACAUUGAAGUGGGAACUAUUGACAAAUUUCAAAAUUACGAAAUGGACAUUGUUCUCGCAUCUUGUAUUAGAAAUAAACAUCUUGUUAGAGAUGCAGGAAUGCAACGAUGGUACGCGACUAUAACCAGAGCAAAACAUUGUCUAAUUAUUUAUGGUCGAUAUGAAAAAAUUAAUAAAUUUAAGAGCUCAUGUGAUUGGCACCGUUUAGUCGAGUAUACAAAGAAUGUUGCCCAAGUCAGUGUUUUCGCACAGAAAGAACAUUUAAAAAGAUAUCUUAUUAGAUAAAGAGAAAGUUUAAUUUAUAUUUCAUUAAUUUCAUUAAUUGAGCGCAAUAUUUAUAUAUUAUCUCAGGAAAAUCGUACUUACCAAUCAUUAUCAUCUUCAUCAUCAUCAACUACAACAAUAAUAAUACUUAAGUGUUAAUGUUAAUAAUAUACGAUUUUUAUGUAAAUAUAGAUUUUAAGUAUAGAAAGUCUAUAUAUAUUUGCCAUAAAUUGAGAUUAUUUUUUAUAAUAUUAGCUUUUAAUACUUUUAUAAAAAAAAUAGAAAAACAGAAACUGAAACCAAUGUGUGAAUAAGUUUUUUUUUUUUUUUGAAUAAAUACUUUAUUAAAUUUUCUAUUAUAUGUUAUUUAUUCGAUUUUGUUAAGACUUCUCAUAAUUUAGAAUUAAGAAUAAAAUAUUUAUUCAAGUCAUAAUUUUGUUGUAUAAAUGUUAAAUUUAACAUGCAUUCUUCAGUAUUUCUGUUUAUACUCUUUCUGUGAUUAUUCUCGAGUUUAAGUAAAAAUAUCUUUUUUUUUCUCUGUAAAAU